AUGUUCCCCUGGCGGAACUUUGCCAAAUCCGCCGAGGCCACCUUCUCCCGCUGGGCCCUCAAGAGGGUUUGCAAAUUCUUCCUCAAGAAGAAACUUGGCCAGUUUAUUCUCGGGGACCUCGACCUCGACCAGCUCGACGUCCAACUCUCCGAGGGAACCAUUCAGCUCAACGAUCUCGCUCUCAAUGUCGACCUCAUCAACACCAAGUUUGGUAAGACAUCAUCUAUAAUGAUCAAAGAAGGUUCAAUUGGCUACCUGUUGAUUAAAAUGCCUUGGAGUGGUAAAGGUUGUGAGGUUGAAGUGAAUGGGCUUGAAUUAGUAGUUUCUCCCCGCACAGAUAAAAUGUCAACUAGUGAAGAUGAAACUUGUGGCAUGGAUAAUAGUGAUAGUCAUCACCACAAAUACAGCUCAACAAGGCUUGAGCAUGAAAUGUCAGAUGAUACUGAGAAGUUGGCUUCAAUGGAUGUUCAUGAAGGUGUGAAAACUAUUGCAAACAUGAUAAAAUGGUUGCUAACAAGCUUCCAUGUUAAAAUAACAAAUGUAAUUGUUGCAUUUGAUCCAUCCUUAGAUAAUGUAGAAAAUAAGAUACAUUGUCGUCAUACCUUAGUUCUUCAGAUUUCUGAAAUACAAUGUGGAACUAGUCUGUCUGAAGAUGCUGAUUCGAAUGUUGAUGUCCUUGGAAUAAGCCAGUUAACAAAUUUUGUAAAGUUUCAUGGUGCAGUUAUUGAGCUUCUCAAAAUAGAUAAUGAAGAUUUAUAUUUUCAGCAUGAAUCAAGAGCAGGAUAUGAUGAACCUGUUUUGGAGUCAAAUAUAGCAACAUGCCCAGUCAUGACAGGGAAUCAAGGUGGAAUUAGUGGAAAUAUAAAAUUAAGUAUUCCUUGGAAGAAUGGUUCCUUGGACAUUUGCAAGGUGGAUGCUGAUGCUCGUGUUGAUCCCAUAGUGUUAAGAUUUCAACCUAGCACUAUUAAAUGGCUAUUGCAAUCCUGGGAAAGACUUAAGAAUCUCAAUAAGGAUGGCCUAGGUUGCUCAAAUCACAAUAUAAGAGGAUCUACUCAGUUGAAUUCUACAUUGUUACGCCAUUCAUCAACUUCAGUUUCUAUUACCAAUGCUCCCAAUGAGAUUAUAACUGCCAAUGAUAGUUUGCCAACUGAAUACACUUCUUUGAUCCAACCUGAAACCCUUCCUGAAGAUUUACUUCCUGCAGCUCAUGUUAUAUCCGAUUGGGUGCCAUCGUCUUCUGAUACACUUCAUAAUAAAGAUGGUGUUCAAGAACAUGAUUUUGGGGCAAGUGUGGACCAGUUUUUUGAAUGUUUUGAUGGAAUGAGAAAUUCUCAAUCAGCUUUAGGAAGCAGCGGAAUGUGGAAUUGGACAUAUUCAGUUUUUAGUGCUAUUACUGCUGCAUCUAGCCUUGCUUCUGGAUCUUUGCAUAUUCCAUCCGAAAAGCAACAUAUGGAAACCAAUCUCAGGGCAACUUUUGCUGGAAUAUCUGUUGUUUUGUCUUGCUGUGUUGAUGAACUGAAUAAAUCUUCUGACCAUGAAAUUGAUCACAUGAUGGGGUUAGAAAUUGAUUAUCUUGGUGCAGAGUGCAAUGAAAUUGAUUUUGCUUUGCAGGUAUGCCCUCAAGGCAUGAGUCUUGAUGCAAAUGUGAAGCAUGUAGAAGUUGUUAAUUUCUUGAACAUUGGAAUUGAUGCUAAAAAUCAAAGUGCUUUGGUUCAACAUCUACAAGCUAAGGUCCUUGAUGCUCUUUCUUCAUCUACCUCUUACAAUGUAGAUUCACAUUCAUUAAUUGGGCCUGUUGCUACAGAUUUUCCAUUUGGAAAUAAUGAUUGUUUGUUGAAAGUUACAUUGUUUAGAACUUCAGGUGUCCUUAAUUGCAAAUUUUCAAAGCAAUCAAGUUCACCUGAUGGUUGUCUGACAGGAAGGACAUCACUCUCAUUGAACUUGCCCCCAUUUAUUUUUUGGGUAAUCUUUUCAGUAAUAAAUGUGCUCAUGAAUCUACUAAAUGAAGUUGAAAGAUCGCUUGAGAUGCAUAAUAAAGAAAACAAAAUUCUGUCUGAAGUCUUAGAUAACAAGUGUGGAUUGUCUCAGAGUAAUAUGAACGAAGGUUCUAGUCCCUGUGUGCCAUCUUUCUCCACAACACAAUGUUUCAAUGGUGAUAUAUCAAUUUCUAAUGCAAGAGUGAUACUGUGUUUUCCAUUUGAAAGGGACGUGGAUCAUAACAAUUCAUUUCCCUGGGAACAGUUCAUUGCUCUUGAUUUUACUUCAUCAUCACCUUUGAACAAUGGUUGCACUCCAGAUUACAGUCAAAGUUCAAAUGCAAGUUCGAAGAAAAUAUUUCCUUCAGUAUCUUCUCAAUCUCUUCAAUUGAGUUUCUGUGAUCUUGACAUCUACUUGAUCACAACAAGCAAAAAGAAUGGUAGAAUCAUCUCCAAUGAUGUGCAGAAUGAGAAAUUUUCUGCUAGCCACAUCUUUUCUAUUUUUCAUAGAAGGGAAUGUUUCUCUGUUUUUCGACUUGUUUGGCAAGGGGGUAAAGUGACUGGUCCUUGGAUUGCUAAGAAAGCCAGAUUAUUUGCUAAUUCAGAGCAAACAAGGGGCAAAGAUGACGUUGGAAGAAGGGGGUACGAGUUUGUAUCUUCAUCAACAGUGAAAGAUCUGGAAGAUUGGAAAUCUCAAACUCAACAAGAGAUGAUUCUAAGCUCAUCAUUUCUUGUACAUAUCCAUCUAUCUCAAGUUGUGAUUGAUGUGAAUUUUUCUCAAUAUGAAGGCAUACAUCACCUUCUAAAUCAGACAUUGAAUGCAUUGACAUGUGUGACUUCUAAGGAAGCCAAUGUUGAAAAGGAAUCUGUUGUCUUACAAUCAUCAGUAUUUUUGGAAUGUGAUUCUCUUGAAAUUCUUAUUGAUAGGGAUACAUCUGAGAGUACCAAAAGUUCAGUCAAGAGUGAACUUUCUGGAACGUGGUCUCAAUUCAGGCUGAAGGUUCAAAAGAUUGAGUUGCUGUCAGUUUCCAAUACUGGUGGCAUUAAGGAUGCAAGUUUCUUCCGAUUAGCUCAUGGUGAAGGCAAGUUGUGGGGGUUUGUCACCGGACUUCCUGAUCAUGAGUUUCUCCUGAUUACUUGUAGCAACUCUUCUGUGAAGAGGGGUGAUGGAGGAGGUUCUAAUGCAUUAUCUGCCAAAUGUGCUGGUUCUGAAGUCAUUUGUCACUCGGACCCAGAGAGCACACAUAAUAUAACAUCCAUAACGGUCAGUUGUGGUACAGUUAUUGCUGUAGGUGGUCGGCUUGAUUGGUUUGAUGCAAUAUCAUCCUUUUUCUGUUUGCCUGCUUCUAAUACCAAAGAUGUGGGUGAUACUAGUAUUGCAAAGAAGGAAAAAAAUGUCUCAUGUUCAACUUAUUUUGUUCUGUGCUUGAUUGAUAUUGCUUUGAGCUAUGAACCUUAUCUGAAGAAUCUUGUCGCUAAGAGUGACCUGCAUUCAGAGUGUAGCUCUUCAUUUAUCAAAGAAGAUAUGAGUGAAGAAUGUGUUUCCUGUUUGUUGGCUGCAUCCAGCUUAACUCUUUCAAAUUCAUCUUCAGAAGACACAGUUGAAAGUGUUUUCCAAAUAAAAGUGCAUGAGCUGGGUCUUCUACUUCAUUUAAUAUCAGAACUGAAUUCUCUAUCUGGCACUUAUAGUGUUGAACAUCUUCAAAAGACUGGUUAUGUUAAAAUUGCUCAGGAGGCUUUUAUUGAGGCUACUUUGAAAACAAACUGUACAAGUAAUCUUCUCUGGGAACUGGAAUUAUCCAAAUCUCACCUUAAUGUGGAAACUUGUUAUGACACAACUGCUAAUCUGAUUCGUUUGGCUGCUCAACUUCAACAAUUAUUUGCCCCUGAUGUGGAGGAAUCUAUUGUGCAUUUGCAGAAUAGGUGGCAUAAUGUUCAGCAGGCACAACAAAGAAAUGCAUUUACAGAUGAAAAUAAGAAUCUCAGAUUUGAUUCGAUGUCUGUAUCUUCUGAACAAUGCUCUCUUCCAACAUUUUCAACGGAUGAAUCUAGUAUAGCUGGCUGGAUGGAUGAAAUAUGUGAAGAUGCAUUUAGAUUAAAUAACAAAAAUACACACCAACCUUAUCCGUCUGAAUCAGGGAUUCCACUUGAUGGAAGCUUAAUUGAGGUUGGUCAAAUGAAUUUACCUCAGCCCGAAGUUCUCUCUCAUGAACUAACUUUGACCGAGCCAGUGCCCGUGAUAGGACUAGAAGGUAUUCAUUGUGAUGAGCUUUCUAGACACAAAAUGAGGAAUGUGGAACAUAGAGAUAUUGAAAGAGGAAGCAGUGGAUGGUAUGGAGGAACCUCUCUGAAAGUAUUAGAAAACCACAUUGCAGAGGAAAGUAAACAACCUGUACCAAAAAAGGCUGUAGAUCAUGGAGGCAUGCUUUCAUCUGAUGAUAGUUCAUCACAUGGUGAGAUUUGUGGACGUGUAAUUCUUAAGAAAAUUGAUAUAAGAUGGAGAAUGUAUGGUGGUUCUGACUGGCUUGACUCUGAGAAAAGUGGGCAGCAUUCUGGGAGAGACACAUCUGUUUGCUUGGAACUUGCAUUAUCUGGGAUGAGAUUUCAGUAUGAUAUAUUUCCAGUUGGUGGACUACAUGUAUCUAAGAUGUCUGUUUCUGUUCAAGAUUUUUAUCUGUAUGACAGAAGUCAUGAUGCACCUUGGAAACUGGAUGUUAUUACUCCAAAGGUCAUCCUAGGGAAUCAUUUUCAAAAGCAUUUAAAUUGGACUUGGAUGCAGUGA